UAGCUGGAUCGAUCUUCUUUUCCUUGAUGGGUUCGCCUUUAGCUAAAGCCUUUUCUUGACGGUGCUGUACCUUGCUAGCGAUCUUGUCGACAUCCUUUGCGAGCUUUUCAAGAUCUUUUUGAGUGAUCUCCUUUGGUGGGGCGUCAGUCGCCUUGGCCUUUCCUUUGUCCUUUUUAGAUGGCAUGUUGAAGAGUUCGAGUUUGUCCAGUCACUGUGCCUGGAGUCCCAUUUCGUCAUCCGAAAUUGUUCAACCCGUUGAAAAAAAACGUGUCACAAUUUUUUCAUUUUAUAGCAACUUUUUUGCUUUCUGGCCCCCCAUUCACUUUCAGAUCAUGCGUUAUUUUACAGGCGAUGAGAGCGGAUUGGUCAAAUCUAUUGUCUUCCCGGCUCCUGUAGACGAAAAGAGGGUGAAGAAGCAAAAGCCAGCCGAAGAAAACGACGAAGACAAACAAAAGGAAGCCCCAAAACUCCAGAUCAAUGUUUUCGGAACAGUUAGCAAGGAUGAGGGCGUUGAGAAGAUGGCUUGGGCGGUCAUUGACGACCAGAAACAGCUGAUUGUAGCGCGCAAGAACGGCAAGAUUCAAUUCAUGUCUCCAGAAGAUGGGUCAAUAAUUAAGGAGAUGGUAGAUGAGAAUAUUUGUGUUGGACCCAAAAAAGAGGGAUCCUUCAUUGGACUGUCGUUCAAGGACGGGAUGCUUUUUACCGCAUCAUCCAAUGGACAGAUAUCAUGGACAGACAUGAAAUCUGACCCCAAGUCCACAACUGUCAUUGCUUCCCUCGGCAAAGAUCUCACCUGUGCAAGAGUACACCCAAGCAAGAGCCAUAUCCUUGCUGUUGGAGGAAAGGAAAGGGAGCUGACUGUGUAUGACAUGAAUGUCUUGAGCGGCAAAGAGGAGGAUACCACGCCUGCACCUACAAACACAGAAAAUAGCACCGCCAAAUAUAAGAAACAGAAAGAAUCAAGCAAAGGGCAGCUUUUUCAAGCAAAAAAUGUCAAAAACGAUUAUCUCGACUUGCGAGUACCCGUAUGGAUUACCGACCUUCAAUUUGUAGACGAGGAAGCGAAUCGAUUGGUCACUGCAACCCAUUACCAUCAGAUUAGAGUGUACGAUAUCAAAACAGCCCGCCGACCAGUCCUUGACGUAGAAGUCGGCAAUAAGCCCAUAAAACGAAUAAGCGUCGGAAUCAAUGAUAACCAAAUCCUUUAUGCAGACACCACCAAUGAUUUGGGAGCCAUAGAUAUCAAGACCGGAAAGAUCGUGGCUCAAUACAAAGGGUUGACUGGAGCAGCCACAGCAUUUUGCACAACUACUGACAACGCAAAUAAUUCCAAAAUUGUCGUCAGUGUCUCACUUGAUCGUUUCUUGAGAAUACACGAAACUACCUCCAUUCACCGCAAGCUGUUGAACAAAGCCUAUCUUAAGCAACGAUUAACAGCUAUAAUUGUAGAUGAAGACCAUUAUGUUGAGGAGCCAGCCAAGAAGGAUGUGGAUGAAGAGGAUGAUGCAUUAUGGAAUAAUAUGACUGUUACUUCUAGUAAACGGAAAAACCGUUCUUCAUGAUGUACAUAAAAAAAAAUUGUUCGGAGCGCCGUAUGUAAUAAUGCAAGUCGGAGCUUAAUUAUCAUGACAUGAUUUGGAAUUUUUGACCCGGACGACC